GUAAAUAUAAAAAAUAUAUGAAAGUAAACACUAUUUGUGAACAUGAUUAUGAGGCACCUCUUUAAAUUCAUUAGCAUAAGCAUUUCAUUCAAAUCCAUUUAAAAUCUGGCAGGACUGUCAUGGAAAUAAUACAUAAAACUUAUAUGUCUAGAUAUAUUACAAAUCACUUAAUCCCCACAUAUGUGUAACUAUUAGAUAGGGGAUAAGAUAUGGCCAUUUUAAACAUCCAACAUGUGUAACAGAGCAAAGAGGGGCACCUGUAAAUGUACUUUAAGAAAAAACUAAAUACCCCAGUUAAGUGAUAAAGUACUUUUGUAUGUCUUUUUUUCUUUUUUUUCUUUGUUUUUUUGUUUCACUCAAACUCUAUUUUUACCUUUAAAGAUACUGUUGAGAAACCACAGGCAGAUCUUCUUGGCAUAGCCAAAGUUGGUGAGCCAGUAACCUUGUCCUGCAGUGUGAUACACACCUGUCCUCCAACACCCCCAACGCUGAAUCUUUCUCUGAGUAAUUCUCGUGGUACUCGAGACUUAAUUCACACACCCCGUCAUAAUGGGAAAUGGAAGUUAACCAUGGAGGUUACCUGGACCAUUGAGGAAUAUGAUAAGUCUCUUACUUGCACCGUGAGUUAUGCAGGUGGACAGACAUUGAAGACUGAAAUCAGUCUUAAUCCUUUAUGUGAGUGUGAAACAAUAGCCAUGGAUUUUAACUCAAAAAGUCCAGUAUGUAGCUUGUAAGCUUCACUUCUUUUUCUUUAAUGAACACUUUCACUAUGUUUCCCAGGUGACUUUCACAAACCUGUACUAAGUCCAAGCCAAGGUGAGGCUAUGGAAGGAAUUGAGAAGAGCUUUACCUGUACUGUGAACCACACUUGUCAAAAAGAAAAACCAAACAUAAUCUGGAAUUACCAAAACCUGACAGUUUCUGUUGAAACACGUAAUGUUUCCCCCUAUAGUUGGGAAACAGUUUCCACUUUAAAUCUGAAAGAAUCAAGACAUGACCAUGGAAAGACAUUAACAUGCACAGCUCAAACUACAGAGAGAGAGACUUCAGAUCAUGUUACUUUAAAAGUAAAAAGGGGGAUGCAUUCACUGGACUGGACAUAUACAAUGCCCAGCAAGAUCACAGGUCUCCAGGGCUCCUGCCUGGUCAUUCCAUGCAGCUUUAAUUUCAAAACAGAAAAAUAUAGCAAUGUUAAGGUGAAAUGGUACCUAUACUCCACAGCAGAGUACCCUUUAGUGUAUGGCCCAGAUAAUGAGGAUGUCCUCAGCAAAUUCAAUGGCAAGACAAGACUAUACGGAUUGCCUAGUGAGAAAAAUUGCAGUUUGGAAAUAAAGCAACUUGAUAUGCUCCAUAAUGGGGAUAGACUGUAUCCCUGGAUUGAUCCAAAACCAGUUCAGUCAUUUCACAAGGAAAAUUACUAUGACAAAUCUAUUGAACUCCAAAUAAGAGAACAAGCCCUUAAACCAAAACUAAGUAUUACUGGCAUACCAAGAGUGGGAGAGCAAGUCACAGUGUCCUGUAGUGUCCUGCAUACCUGUCCGCCCAAUCCUCCAAGUCUGUCUGUGGGGAAAGCACUUGAGACUGACAUCACUGUACACACUCCAGUAGAGGAUGGCUUUUGGGAAACCAUCAGGGUUCACACAUUUAUAAUUAAGGAAGAGGAGCAAACUGUUACAUGUAAAGCCACAUUCCAUAGUGGACAGACAUCAGAAGCACAAAUCAAUCUCAAUGCUCAGUGUACCUAUAAGGAUAUAACCACUGAUCCUGAGGUGGCUGAUGUUGUAGAGGGUGUUGGGAAUAACUUCACAUGCACAGUUUUCCAUUCCUGCAAGCGUCAGCCUCCAGUUUUCACCUGGAACUACAAAGACAUGCAAGACACUACUGGUGACAAAUUCAUUCUGCGCCUUCGAGGUUUGUGGUACACCAGUGAGGGCAAAUAUGUUUACCACACUGGACAAUCCAAUGUUAUGGACAACUUUAAGGGCCGCACAAAGCUUCUGGGGAAUCCAGAUGACAAGAACUGCACUUUAGAAAUUGAUAAUGUUCAAGCUCAUGAUAACGGGCCAUUCUGUUUCCGCACGGAAAAAGGCAGUGAUAAGUACAGCUUCAACCACAGCUGUGUGUUCAUCAUCAUGAAAGGUGAAACAGUUGUAUCAUGUUAUGUGCAUGCUUUUUUAGACCAUCAACAAUGA